UUUUUCAAGAAAUGUCAAGUGUUAUGGAAGAUGGACAUUUCCUUCGUCUUUUUACUGUCUUAAUAAUUACACUACACUGUCUGUUUAUUUCCAGCGCCGCCGUUUCCGGAACCAACAUCACCACCGACCAAUCAGCGCUCCUCUCCCUGAAAUUCCACGUCAGCUCAGACCCAACCGGCGGCCUGAGUAACUGGACCGUUUCGUCUCCCGUCUGCACCUGGGCCGGAAUCACCUGCGGCGCGCGCCACCGCAGAGUAACUGCGCUCAACAUCUCCAACAUGGGCCUCGCCGGAGCCAUCCCUCCCGAACUCGGAAACCUCUCCUUCCUCGUAUCCAUCGACCUGCGAAACAAUACCUUCGCCGGAACCCUGCCGGAAGAUUUAUCCCGCCUGAGAAGAUUGAAAUUCAUCAGACUCAGCUACAACAACUUCUCCGGCGAAGUUCCUCCCUGGUUUGCCCUGCUGCCUCAGCUUCAGCUCUUGUCCUUAAAAAACAACUCUUUCACGAACAUGAACUCAUUUUUCGAUUCGUUCGCAAACGAAUCGAAACUCGAAACAUUAGACAUGUCGUUUAAUUCCCUGCAAGGUAGAAUCCCUUCAUCGAUCGCAAACAUGUCGAAUUUAGAAACUUUAAUUCUUUCGAACAACUUAUUACGCGGGGUUAUACCGCAAUCCAUCGGCAAUCUCCGUAAUUUGAAUUGGUUGAACAUCGAAGGAAACGAGCUCACGGGUUCUAUCCCGUCGAGCCUCUUCAAUGUCUCGACUCUCGAACUCGUGUCGUUUUCGCGGAAUCGCUUAUCCGGUUCUCUGCCGGAUGAUAUGUGCAUUGGAGUUCCAUUUCUACAAGGGGUAUAUCUGUCUUUUAACAAGAUAGGUGGGAAUAUUCCUUCGAGUAUUUCUUCGUGCUCUCAGCUUCAAACGCUGUCGUUGUCGAAUAACAAAUUUAGUGGAGCUAUACCUCGAGAGAUUGCGAGCUUGGAGAUGCUUCAGAUAUUAUAUCUUGGCUUCAAUGAGUUGACAGGCGAAAUUCCAUCGGAGAUUGGUAAACUACAAAAUCUCGGGUUCUUAGCCAUGGAAAACAACUUUCUAAGAGGCCCUAUACCGUUUGGCAUCUUUAAUAUGUCGUUUCUGCAACGUCUUUCAUUAGCGCAAAACGAGCUCGACGGGCCCAUAGCAGAAGAAAUCGGCAAUCUAACCAUGCUUACAGAGCUUUAUCUUGGCCAUAACAAUUUCACAGGUGCGAUACCGCGCGGGCUCGGUAAACUUGCGUUAGAAAUUCUAGACUUGGGAACUAAUAGAUUAACCGGAAACAUACAUUCGGAUAUUUUCAAUAUCUCAACAUUGAUAUUGAUUUCACUUACGUCUAACAGCUUCUCGGGCAAACUUCCAGCAAAUGUAGGCGAAUUUCUGCCAAAUCUCGCGCAGCUUUUUCUCGGCCAGAACAAUCUAGAAGGAGUUCUACCGAGCUCCAUCGUGAACUCGUCGCAGCUCAUGGUUCUAGAUCUUUCCGUAAACAACUUCAACGGUCCAAUCCCUAAUUCCAUAGGAAAUUUAGAACUCCUACAAGUCUUAAACUUGGAGAUGAACAAUUUCACGAGUGAAUCUGCAUCGUCCGAUUUGAGCUUCAUCGCUUCCUUGACAAAUUCCAGGUACCUAACUGAAUUAGCAGUCAGUUACAAUCCACUAAAUGGCGUUCUACCUUCAUCCAUCGGGAAUUUUUCUUCUUCCCUUCAAACUAUUUACGCCUCCGAUUGCAAAAUCAAAGGCGGUAUUCCAAUCGAAAUCGGUAAUUUGAGUGGAUUAGUGUCGUUGUAUUUUUACGGAAACGAUUUAACUGGAUUUAUUCCAACGCCACUCCAUGAUUUACAGAGCCUCCAAAGGUUAUCUCUUGGAAAUAAUCGGUUAGUUGGAUCCAUAUCGAACGAUCUUUGCGCGUUAAACAAUUUGGGAGCUUUGUAUUUGAACGAAAAUCAAUUGACCGGUCAAAUUCCCGAGUGCUUAGGAAAUGUAUCCACCCUGAGGAGCAUACAUCUUUAUUCGAAUAACUUGAGCUCUGUCGUACCUAAUAGCAUAUGGAAUUUGCAAGAUCUUUUGGAGCUCGAUAUUUCCUCGAAUUCAAUUACGGGUUCUUUAUCUCCCCAGAUAGGAAAUCUAAAGGCGGCAACUUUCAUCGAUCUGUCGAUGAAUCGGUUCUCGGACAACAUUCCGACCACGUUCGGUGGUUUGCAGAAAGUGACUAAUCUUUCUCUUGCAUACAAUAACUUCCAAGGUCCGAUUCCCGAUUCCAUGGGUACAAUGUUGAGUUUGGUUUCGUUGGACCUUUCCCAUAAUAAGUUGUCGGGAAAAAUCCCAAAGUCGUUAGAGUCACUAAAACAUCUCGAGUACUUCAAUGUUUCCUACAAUGAAUUAUCCGGAGAAAUCCCUACAAAUGGUCCUUUUAGUAAUUUCACAAGCCAAUCUUUUUCGUCCAACUUCGCAUUAUGCGGUCCUUCGAGAUUUCAGGUGUCGUCUUGUCGAGAAUCGCUGCACGGAUCAAAGAAAAACAAAGUGCUCAAAGCUGUAUUCAUUCCCCUAGGCAUUGUUAUAUUACUCUUCGUCGCCACCAUAGCCUUUAUAAUGAUUAGAUACAGACGAAAAGAGAACCCUCCAGCUGUACCAGAUAUAUCCACCUCAGCGCAAAGAAUUUCUUAUUACGACCUUCUACAGGCGACCGAUCGAUACAGCGAAGAAAAUUUACUGGGGAAAGGAAGUUUCGGCUCGGUUUACAAAGGCGUGCUACAAGAUGGGACCGUAUUAGCCGUGAAGGUGUUCGAUAUGCAAGCUGAAGGCGCGUUGAAGAAUUUCGAAGCUGAAUGUGAAGUGCUGAAAAAUCUCCGGCAUAGAAAUCUGACGAGAGUAAUCAGUAGCUGCUCGAACGAGGAGUUCAAGGCGAUAGUGCUGGAGUACAUGCCGAACGGGAGCCUGGAGAAGUGGUUGUAUUCGGACAGCUGUUUCUUGGACUUCGUGCAGAGGUUGGAUUAAUGAUUGACGUGGCUUCCGCGUUGGAUAUCUUCAUUGCGGUUACUCGACACCCGUGAUUCACUGCGAUUUAAAACCUGGUAAUGUACUUCUCGAUGAAGAUAUGGUUGCCCGUGUCAGCGAUUUCGGUAUGACGAGAUUCUUGUCGGACGAAGAGAGUGUUACGCACACUCGAACCCUUGCUACACUUGGCUACAUGGCUCCAGAAUAUGGAUUGGAAGGCGUAGUUUCGGCGAGGUGUGAUGUGUACAGUUACGGGAUUAUGGUUUUGGAGACGUUUACGGGGAAACGGCCGAGUGAUGAAAUGUUUGGCGGAGAAAUGAACCUCAAGAAAUGGGUUAAAGAUUCGCGGCCUAACGGAUUUAGAGAGGUUGUUGAUGCUAAUUUAGUAGGUCCGAACGAAGAGGGUUCCGGUAAGAAAUUGUCGUGUUUGUCGCGUGUGUUCGAGUUGGCACUGAGUUGCUUAGCGGAUUCUCCGGGGGAGAGGGUGAAUGUGAAAGAUGUUCUUGCAGAGCUAAAGAAAAUCAAACUUCAGUUUUCUGAUUCCUGAUUUGUGAACUGAACCCCAUUGUUUGGGCAAAGAAUGGAUUUUAGUGUAACGGUAUUAACUACCGUUACCUUGAAACGGUGUCGUCGAGAUCUCAGAGGCGCAAAUCACUUAUAGAAUUUUGUUUUUAAUAAUCUGCGUCUUUGGCUUGUUAGGUAGGAUUGGCUGCGUCCAAUCGUAGAGCGACGCGUGGCACUCAUCUUCAUAUAUUUGAUGUACAUUUGAUUGAUUUAAAUACAAGGUAAAUUACAACCGUUCUUGAA